ACUGUGUCGCAAUUUCUGAGAGUUGUCGCCCCUGUCAAAUGUAGGUCAAACAGCUGGCUUGUAGCAACAAUGACAACAUUGGGUUUUUUCUUUAUUGUUGAAUUAAUUUGUUUUGUGAUGGAUACUCCCCUCAUUAUGCGAAAACAAGGAUUUGAAGUGGUGAAACGUUUCAUCAGAUGUAACGAUUAAAUCAGCCGGUGUGUUGUUUGGGUUCAUUUUUAAUUUCAUUUUUAAUCCGUUCGAACGUAAUCUUAAUCUAGUCUGUUCAAUUAAUGUGAUCAGUAGCUAAACGAUUGACAGAACACGACAGUGGAGAAACUUGAAACUGUAACAGUUCUUUUAGGAUGUCAUGAAACUAAGACAAAGACUGAUGCCUUGAACGUGCACAUCUGAUUGACCUUCACUCACACGUGAGCAGGAUGGCUGGAGGAGGUCAAGGUCAGACGGACAAGGGGUGGUCCUGGGUUGUCCUGGUCAGCAGCUGGUUGUCCCUGUUCACCUUGACCUUCAUGUCUGCAGGGGCGGGCAUCUUGCAGGUGGAGAUCAUAGACGACCUAGGUGUCGGUUCGGGCAUUGUUUCAACCAUGACGUCUCUAGCACUGGGCAUGUCGUGUUUGCUGGGGCCAUUAAGUGGCGUGGUGGCCAGUCUCCUAUCUGCCAGAUAUGCAGUGUUUCUGGGCGUGGUCCUCAUCUCACUGGGCAUGCUGGGCCUGAGCAUGUCCCACUCACUGGCAUCCAUGAUGUUUUAUUAUGCAAUAGUUACAGGUGUAGGCUAUGGACUGGCUUAUUCCCCCGUUAUUGUUAUCGUAAGCUACUAUUUCGACAAGCAACGAAUGCUGGCCAACGGAAUUUUAUUCUGUGCGCCAGGCACUGCUCUACUGUCCCUGCCCUACCUGAUCCGUUACGUCAUAGAUUCCCAUGGCUGGAGGUUCUGUACGGCAUUAAACGGCGCCAUCAUGCUGCAUGUUAUUGUUUUCGCCGCCACUUUUUUCCCGACUGAAUUAGAACAAAAAAGUAUGUUGGAUUUAUCUCCUCUUUGCUUUUGGAGAAAUACCAGGCUCGUUGAAAAGAAAUAUCAUACGACUGAAUGUCAGAAAUCAGAGUUCUGCAAUAAUGUAGUCGCAGAUGAUCAACAUUCAAAUAAUCAAAAUUACCUGGAGGUGAUCAGUAAUGGAGUAUCAGAAUUUCAACAACCAGAUUAUCAAAAUUAUUCCAAAAAUUUUGAACCCUUGAUCAGGUCCAUUCUUCAUUUGGAGGAGACCGACAAACUAACAUUCUGUAGCCAAUCAGAAAUUGAUAUAUCCAGUAACCUUGACCUAGAGAUUCCUGUUAAAAAUUUGAAUUUCCCACCAGAAAACUCAGUGGACGAAACACUUUUACCGAAGAGUGUGAUCAAUAUUAGAAUAGAAGAAUCUCAGAAGUACAUUUUUCAUGAAGACAGUGUUUCUGAUGCUAGUCAGCUGUCCAGAAGACCCAGUGUUAGGCAGCAGUCAAAAAAUUGUUCCCAGACCUUCACCUUUGGGCAGCUAAGAAAACAGACCUCAACUGAGAGUGGUUACCUUGGCAACAGUCUGGUGUGGGCAUCAUCGGUGAUGGGCAGCUCCAUGAUUGUACCUCCGCAGCCAGAAGAGGAGGCAUGCAAUGAGGAGGAGACUCAGAACACUUGUGUUUUAUCCAAAAUCAAAAGGCUAAGCAAAUCAAAGGUGAUGUGGAUACUAAACAUCAACAGUUUGUUGUUUAUGUUUGGGGUGGGCAUCCACAGUGUGCACUUCCCAGCGUACGCCCGGAGUAAAGGCAUGUCUCCGCACCAGGUCUCUGAGUUCUUCACAGUCUAUGGAGUGGUCAUGAUGGCCGGCAGACUGCUAGGUGGCGCUUUGUUCAACAGACUGAAGCCACCACUGGUUCUCUUAACAUUCAUCCUGCAACUGUUGAAUGGGCUGUGUAUGGCUCUGGCACCUGUCUACUCUAUCACAGCUCCAGGAAUAUUUGUCAUGGAGGCAGGAAUAGCACUGUUCUACGGACAAGCAUACAUGCUAAUCUCACCCAUGUUAGCCAAACUCACUGGUGUCAGUGACCUGCAUAUAGCUUUUGGAAUUAAUCACAUGUUUGUUGGGAUAGGGUAUAUCUCCGCACCCAUACUCGCAGGUUUUAUAUAUGAUGUGACUCACACAUACGACUUUCCUAUGGUUAUGGGAGGCUCUUGCAUGAUAGUUGGAGCUCUAUGCCUGAUUGCCAUGCUCUUCGUUGAUGCUAAAACUGGACAGACCCAAUGCAGUUGUAAGAAUUUACUACAGUGAGCAUGAAGGAGAUGGGCAGUAACUGUUAAAUAUCACACAAUCUGUUAACAUUAUCCAACUUGGGUGAUAUAAAAGCUUUCGUUUUUGUAACUAA